AUGGACACGUUGAAAAGGGGUGGCAAUGUGUUGAUGCCUGUGAAUCCUGUUGGUUCCAUCUAUGACUUGAUUGAUGUUGUUUCUAGGAGUAUAGAUAAUGCGGGUGGUGCUACGUUGGAAGCUCGGAUAUAUUUCAUUUCUCCAGUCGCAAAAGGAGCUUUGGCCUACUCGAAUGUCAACGCUGAAUGGCUCGCUGAAUCACGCCAAAACGCUGUGUAUGUUCCGGAGGAACCAUUUUGUCAUACCGCGGUUCGUUUGACAGUCUCGUUGAAUCUUGGUGUUGCUCCUCGAUCUGAAUCGUUUUGCGAAUAUAAGUGGUUGGUGCGCAAUGGAAGACUUAAACUAUACGACAACAUCUACGAGUCGUUCUGCAGAGAGUAUAAAACUCCUUGUGUGGUACUAACUGGUCAUCCUUCUCUUCGCAUAGGUGAUGCGCCACAUUUGUUGGAAAUGUGGGGUAAUGAUUCGAAGAAUGCUUUGAUAAUGACUGAUCCUGACUAUCCACUGAAUGAAGUAUAUGCUCCUUAUGAAGAUCUUGCAAUUCGAGCGUUCUACUACCCUAUCGAAACGCGGCUGGAGUUUUCGCACGUGAACACCGUCCUGUUACCAGUAGAGUUAAAGCCUAAGAUCCUAAUCAUUCCGGAGGCUUACUCUUUGUCUCACAACUCGAAGUCUCCGUCCCACAAUCGAAUUGAGUUUGUAGUUCAGUAUAACUCUACCACACCAAUGAAAUACGACGAACAGAUAUCGAUUUCCCUGCCGUCAAAGAAGAUGAGGAAAAGAAAGAUAAAAAUAAGUCCCGAUGUCAUAAAACGACUCGAACUUCGCGGCCACUACGCUAAUCCCGAAAUUGGCAUCAGUUCUCUUACAGGUUUUCUCUGCGCCUACGACGGUGCUUAUGAACUACUGCCGGCCAAGAAGAAAGUUGGUGCACUCCGACCUAAGUAUGCUGGGCAACUCACUCCGGACAUAAUAUUGAAAGCUCUACAGAAGAGAAAUCUUUCCGGACGUGUGGUUAAUCACCCAGACGGUGAGCGAAAAAUAGUACGAAUAGAUUCAAUCAACUCGGCUAUUACGCUGGAUGCAGAAGGAAUGAGCACGAAUAUUCAAUCGCCGAAGGAACACAGAAUGAUGCUUCUGGAUGCUGUAACCUCAUACCUACAAAUUUUGAGCUGUGGUUUUCUUAGUGUCUUGUGUUUGAUGAGCAUUCGAUAUCUAGUUAGAAGCUAUUGUUGCCGUGUAGAUCAAUCCCUGCAAAACAAAUCUUCAGUGAAUGAGUCGCAUGCAUUGUUCCCAUCCGUGACCCAAUACGAGCUAUUUUCUCCGGAUUUUGAAUCGUCGUCUCAGAUCGAAGAGAUCGUGCCUCUCAGCGAUGACGUACUUCCAAAGGUUUUAUCAAAGAAAGACCUCUACAUACACGCCGACGAAGUGGCAACGGCUAAGAAGAGCGGAUGUGCUCCGACUAAACGGGCUCUCAGUAUGUCGAUUGACUUUAUCAAAGUACUGGUUGCCAGGAAGUUACUGUACAGAGCUACUUGGGAAUUCUAUAGCCCUGAGUUCGAAAUUUCUCACUUCAUGCCUGCAGCGACAAAUUAUGUCUUCCAGAGCGUGAUGGGAGACACGCUCAUUCGAGGAUUUCUUCACGGUCGAUCCCAGCUGAAAACGUCACUUUCAGAUUGUUCAGUGACACUCUUCAAUUUCCACUCCACUGAUUUUGCUGAAAAACUGGUGAACGUACGUUGCGUUUUGUUCUUGCUUUUGGAACCGUCGUACGGUUUCCUUAC